UUAAGCCCAACUGUCCCGUGAAGUUCUCACUCUGUCUAAAAAUACAGAAGCGAUAACACGAAUUUUCUGCCCAUCUCGAAAAUUUUUAGAACCAUAAAACUGUACGAUGUCCGUUCUGGAAAUAUUGGCAGCUCCGAUGACUCAAAUUGGAAAAAUUCCUGACCACGUGGCCCUCAUUCUUGACGGGAAUCGACGCUACGCCAAAAGCCGAGGGUUACCUGCGCUAAAAGGACACCAGGCUGGGUACGCAUUUUGUUUGACGGUGUUCCUCUUUUCAAUCGAGAAUUUUAAACGGGCCAAAGAAGAAGUGGAUGAUUUGAUGGAGCUUAUUUUCAUAAUGUGUACAAACCUAAUGAAACAAGUAGACGCCGGAACGAUUAUGGACACCAGCUUCCAGGUCAUAGGAAAUUGGGAGGGUCUCCUCCCAGUCAAACUGCAACAUCGCAUGGCUCAUUUGAUGAUCAAGACGAGACAUUUCAAACCUUAUCGAUUCAAUAUGGCGGUGGCAUAUACGGGGCGUCAAGGAAUUUUACAGAGUUUAAAUGCCUUCCCCGACAGCAAGGAUGAAAUUAUGGACAAUCUACGCCCCUCCGAAUACUUGAUCGCGCAGGCCCAGCAUCUCGUUGACAUGAGUCCGGUCGACAUGCUGAUUCGAACCGGGGGCAAUCUGCGACUCUCGGACUUUAUGAUGUGGGAGACUAGCCAAGCUUAUAUCCACUUCGUACCGGAAACCUGGCCCGAGUUCAGCUUUUGGAAACUUGUCCAUGCCAUAUUAUUGUACCAAGUGUACAGAGGAAGUGCCGAAAAAGUGAUCAAGAUCAAGAUAAAAGAUCUUACCGAACUAGAUCAAGAUCAAGAUCAAGAUCAAAAGCGCCAGCCGAAGAUCAAAGAUCAAGAUAAUAUCUUGAUCUUUGAUCUUGAUCUGCUAUCUGAGAUAAUGAUCUUGCCCACCUCUGAAAACUGA